AAGUGGUGCAAAGAUAUCGAAUCUACAUCAUGGCUGAAACGUGGGUGUUUACUUUUAAAACAUCCGUACUGCAACAGUAAAUAGUUGCACUGAUUCAUGUUUCGUUUGUGUUCUAGAAGACGUGAACACCUGCAUGCUACGACGUUUGUAUUUCGCAGUCCAGAGUGUGAGGGAUUUAAGUCGCUGAUGAGGCUAACUUCUACGCACCCACUUUCAAUCGCUUCAGCUACGCUGCUACAGUGUUUGUGUCCCUGGAUCACAGAAGGUGACAGUCCGCAUCAGCAACCAUGAAGAAGGUGCAAGAAUAUGUGCACAGGUUCCGCACAGGCAGCAGUAGCUCAGGUGCUGAGACAAAAUUAUUUGGUGGAGAUACAGCACCUGCAUCCUCUGCAUCAAUGCCUUCAUCACCAGCAACUACAAGUAAAACUUCUUUUGAAGAAACAAGGAGAACAGGGGACAACAGGCAUAAACAAGGGACUAGCAGUGAGAGUUCCUCAGUGUGGUAUGUUGAAAACCAAGUUGACCUGACUAUGAAACCACCAGAACUGAGCUCUCUGCCCAUGAUGACACCCUCAGGGCUGCAACACACUGUUCUAUCAGCACUUGCUCAGUCGGAUCCCACCCCCAUCUUUGAAUCCUCAUUUGUUCAGUCAGGCCAAAGCAAACAGGAAUCACGAAAAACACAGCCGAUGGGCACUUUUGAGUAUUGUGUUAAGCCAUCAGAUACGCUUGAGAGAAUUGCAGCUCACCAUGAUGUCACACCAUCUGAGCUACAAAAACUCAAUCGUUUGACAUCACGCAUGGUUUUCACUGGACAGAUUCUAUACAUACCUGACCCAAACUUUGUACCCAGUGGUCCUCCAACCCCAGAAUCAGUCAUUUCUUCAAGCAGCCUUGCAGACUUCAGACCAAAGCUGGAUAUUCCCAUCAUCAAAAUGGCUGACAAGUCACCAGAACAUGUACCAGGUCAUGUCAUGAAAGUAUCAUCCCCUGUAACUGUGACUGCACCAACGCCAACAUCGUUCAUACCACCACGUGUUCUAAGUGAAGAGGAAGCUAAACAGCUGGAUGAAGAGUGCUUUGAGCGCUUUAUCAAGCUCACAGCGAAAUACAUUUCUGAUGGCAUGGGUGUAGUACCAGGGACCCUGCUUGUGACACCCAAUGCCAUCAUGUUUGAUCCUAAUGCCAAUGACCCCUUAGUUAUGGAAAAUGGGCCUGAGAACUAUGGAGUCAUUGUUGUGAUGGAAUCCAUCCAGUCAGCUGCACUUUACCAUGAUCCUGCUGCAAUGACAUACUGCAAGCUUAGCAACUUGGAACGUAAUUCUUCACCAAAACCAGCAGUCUACCACGGAGAAACAAAAUCUUGUGCUCAGUCUGCAUCAGAAGAGAUGACUUUCUCAUCAAAGACAGUUACUGGUGGUAGCUCAGUGCUGGAUAGUUUACAGGGAGUAACUACAAAAAACAGCAUUUCAGGUUUGUCUCCUUUCUUUGAACACUCAGAGAAGAUCAUUCAGGACAAAGAUCACCAAAAUGUGUCAAGAUUAUCAUCCUUUUUCUCAGGAACUAGUGAGUCUAGUGCUCAUGGCAUAAAUGACAACAGUGCUAUGGUAUCUUCUCCAGAUAUUCGAGAAAGAAAUAAAAUUGAAAUUUAUGACAAAGGACCAGUCAUGGAUACCAUGACUGAUAAAGCGGUGGAUAAAAAGAGGUUCUUGAAGAUUGCAAACUGGGAAGAAGAUAAAACUACUGAUAAUACAGGCGAUUCUUCUUGUGUAAACUUAAUGCCCAUCCCAGAUUCUGAGCAAAUUUCCAGCUUAGGCAUUUUUCAAGAUACCGGAGAUGUUUCUGAGAAUGUUACCCUAAUGCAUGGAUCUGGGUCAUUAACCCCUAUCUGUGACACAGUCGUAAAACAGUUUGGUUCAGAUGAAGAUUAUUCUUUGCUCUUAGAAAAAACAAAACAAUUACCUGACACUACUUUUGUCACACCUGCAAGUGUCACAUCUACAUCUUUUAGUUUGAAUGAGGUGCAGAUAAAUAAUGUGAGCCCUUGUAUAUCAGUCAGUUCGACCACCAUACUACAGGAAGAGGAAGCAGAAGAAAAGUCUUGUACACAUUUUGAUGACAAACCAGCUUCUUCUUUACUUAGAAGUGAUAAAAGCCCCUCAAUGGAUGGCAUUCUUAGGGUUGAUACAGCAGAAUCUAUAAAACCAGCUGAUGGCCAGGCAGAUUUGCAAGAUUUUUCAAAACAUCUUAUGACAAUGAUUUAUGAACCUGCAAGGGAGCAAACAGGUCUUGACAGUGUUAGAGAAAUUGACUCUAAAUUAGUUUUGAUUGAAGGGGAAGGCAUAGAGGCUACUGUAAGUUCAUGUAAGAACAAACAAGGUCAGUGCGUUGAUAAGGGAUUAGGUGAUGGAGUUAAUGCUAGUAAUGUUCAGCAAUCAAAAGGUGAAUAUGAAGCCGGUGAUCGAAGACAUCCAGUUGAAACAGACACUACAGAUGAGCUGAGCUGCAAAGCAGAUGCAGUAGAUAGACAGAAAAUAGAAGAAAAAAGAAUUGGAAAUAUAGUUUAUGUACCUUUCGAAAAAAAACAGGAAGGAGAAAUGAUAUUUCAUAGCCACUAUUCAGGUCUUUUGCCCACAGCUCCAUUUAAUUCUCUAAUAACUGUAGAUUCUGAAGCAGACCUGAAUACAAGAGAUUUAGUUGAAGAUUCUGCGACAUCAAGUGGUGGAAGUAAGCCUCGAACUUCAUCAGGGUCUUUUAGUCCUCUACGAUCAUCGGCACAGCACAUUAGCAGCUUUGUCAACUAUGCCACAGGACUUUUCCGAAGCACAAAUGAAGACCGCACCCAUGUCAAAGAUGUCACAGAUAGCACUCCAAGCUCCAGUGAGAAGACCAUCUCAUCAGAGAAUGAACACUUAAAACAAAAACAGAGCAAUUUACAGCCAGACAAGGCCAAACAAGCACAUUCUAUUGAUGUGGAGAAUGCAAUCAAAGCAGAUGAGAGACCAAACUUAUUCCAGCCAAUUGAAAAGUUAAUACCACGGCCAGCAGUCUCAGAUACUCAGCCUCCAUUGUAUCUUCACCUGCAUGUAGGGCAGGAUCAGGAGCACAGAAAUGUAACAACUUCUGUGCCUUGGGAGACAUAUCGAAAGUCCAGUCCUAAACCAGACUAUUGGUUCUCUGUUCCAAGGGCCAAGGCUGAUAACUUGUAUGCAUUCUUCGUUCAGUGGAGACCAGAAAUUUAUGGUGAUUCUGAUGACUUUGAUCCUGAAGAACAGGGUUUUGUGGUUGUACAAGAACCAGACAUACCCUUGGAGUCUGUGGAUGAAAACCUGCAGGUUGUGGAAGAACACUUUGGAGGGACUAAGACAUCCUUUAAAAAAGACUGGGAGAUUGUAAGCUGGAAAGAGGCCCUUCGUCGACAGUCAGUUGAUACAGAGCCCUCAAUUAUGCCAGAGCUCAAUGAUGAAUCAUCUAUCUUGAAUGCCAAACAGAUUUAUGAAUUAUCUGAGAGUCUUCCGCCACGCACCAUUGGGUACAAAUGGUCUCUUAUAUAUAGCACAGCAAAGCAUGGUUUCAGCUUAAAUCGACUGUACCGUGAAAUGGCCCACCUGGACUCACCUGUUCUACUAGUUGUUAUGGAUACUGCAGGAUACAUUUUUGGAGCUUUUAUCAACACUCCUCUAAAGGUCAGUGACCACUUUUAUGGAACCGGGGAGUGCUGCCUAUGGGCUUUUCGAAACGAACUCAAGAUGUACAGAUGGACUGGACAAAAUACUUUUUUCAUCAAAGGAAACUUUGACAGCAUUUCUAUUGGAGCAUCAGAGGGAAAAUUUGGGCUGUGGCUUGAUGGAGACUUGUACCAUGGAAGGAGUCACCGUUGUUCAACCUUUGACAAUGAGGUGCUCAGUUCCAGUGAAGAUUUCCUGUUAAAGGGCUUAGAAGCUUGGUCCUUUGGGGACUAAAAGAAAAACACGAGAGCAUUAUUUCAGGUAUGCAAUAAGCAGCAAUUUUGUCAUAAUUUAUAGAUUGUUUUAAUACAUGCUUGAUUUCCAUUAUCUACUAAUAUAGUAGACUACCCCAGAUCUUAGUAGAAUAAGUAAAAGAUGAUGUGGAUUAAUUUUUAUAGGUGAUGUAGUGAAAAUCUGGAAGCAAGUUGUAAAACAUUUCUUUUCACAAUUAUUAAUGUUUUAUAUUGACAUCUAGAGAACUAAGUAUGGGUGGCAGGGCUUCUGCUUACGCAAAAAAUUGGGUACAGUACGCAUUAAAAGUUCGGAGGACCCCUUCAAUUUUCGUCAAUGGGGUCCCCUCCAAAAUUGGGCGAAGAACAGGGACCCCUUAAAAAUGUGAAGAAGGACCCCAAAGAAUUUAGCCGUAGCAGAAGCCCUGGGUGGAAUAUAUAAUAUGUUACAAUAUCGAGUACUUAUAAAAGUGAUUGAAAUGAUUUUGUUCAAAAGGUUAUGUUGUCAAAUAAUGUCAGAGAUCAGAACCUAACUUAACAUUAAAUCCUCAUAGAAUUUAAUAACUUAAGAAAAAAACAAUUUCAGAAGAGUUAGAGCUAUCACUUAAUGAUAGCAGAGAUGUUUAUGGGAUGCAGCUGCUGCCAAAUUGUUGUCUUGAAACUGAGUUUUUUUGCUUCAGGCGACAACUUUUUUAAAGCUUGCUUUCAGAUUUUAAAAAGGCAUGUGCCUAGUUUUGUGGAUUUCAUAGUACUGCAUUUGUUAAUUUAAUAUUUUUAAUAAAAUAGUUAAUUAUUGCACAUCAGUUGGUGGUUGGAAAUUCGACACCUUUUUAUUUUUUGAAACCUGUUCAUCCAGUUAAAUUUAAGGAUUUUAAAAUUCAUGUAAAACCUGGAGAAACAUGCAAAAUGCUUGCAGUUUUGAAAGGCAUCAGCAUACAUAAUCAAAUACAAAGAGCCUGAUAAGAUGUAUCGGACCACAUUAUGCUGCUUAACUUACCAGAGUUGGCUUUGAGUUCAUGAAUUUUUAUAAUUUUAAAAAAGUUGUAAAAUCUAACCAUGUAAAGUGCAACACUAUUUUGCAACCUAUGUAAGUAUCGGUAACAUAUAAAAGUUUUUAAAAUUAAAUUUGCUUGAAGCUUGUUUUUGUCAGUUAGAUAUCCAGGAAGAUCCAAAAAAAACUAUGUCCUAUCACCACAAAUCCAGCUUAUGUCAAAAAUACAUGUGGGAUGAAUAAUAAACACACUGAUGUGUUAUAUAUGCAUAAAGCUCAAGUGUUUUUUACACUGAGAAUCGUAAUCAAAUUUCUUACCUCUGACUAGUCAUUUUCAAAAGGUAGCUGCAAAAAAAUGAUUCCUUAAAUGAUAUCUGUAGUUACAACUUUUAGUUUAGUUAUAAACAUGGGAUAAAACAUUGAAUACCCUUUAUAACACUGCCUUACACAAUGAUCUUGGUGGUCACUGGUGCUUUCGUAACAACAGUCUAUGAAGCAGCUGCAGUGAGUUACUCAACUGCUGAAAUAGUCUGAUCAAUAAAUUCCAGUAGAGGGUGACAAUGAGCAAUAUUUGGCAGAAAACUUAAGGUAGUAAUUGUACAGGUUGUGCAGAAUCACCAAGAGGACAGGAAGUUGUGAGUGCUUAUUGUAAACUAAGGAAUAAAGAUUAGAAGAAAACGCAGGGUACAUGUAAAAAUACUGUAUUAAUCUCUGAUAAAUUUUCUCAUACUCUAGCUCAAAUAAAAAGUAUUUAAAUACUUAUUAUUAUAAUUGAUCAUGCUUAUUCUAAGUAACAACAUUUAGCACUGGCUUGUUGUUGUUGUUUUUUUUUUUGUCAAACUUUCAACAGUUUCUUUUCUUUCAUUUGUUUAGAACUUACAAAAAAGACUUAUAGUCAUGCUUAAAACUCCAUAAAAUAUAGGAUUUACUUUUUAUUGUUGAUGUUGUUCCUGUAGAUGGUAGAUGGUAAAUUACGACUUUUUCAGCUAUUGAUCAGGACUCCUAAUGAUUGCUUUCUCCAUUAAAUUGUCUGCCAACACACACAUGCAUCAUAGAGAUGUCUGAGCAAUCUUACUAGCCAAUUAGUUUUAUUAUUGUUUGGUUCUUUUCAGAAAGUAUACCAAAUUAAAACUUUUGAGGAUUUCUUCUACCUUUAUUUCUGUAUUCAAAAUCUGAAUGUAAACAACUCUCACAAUUCUUAUAAAUUAUUUUUACAUGACUGUACUACAUAUUUAUGAGGAACUGCAUGUUUUUGUCUGUGUAGUGUUCAAGAUCCUUGUACCAACAAAUGUCAGAGAAGUAAGAUUACAAACAUAUAUCAACUAAAGGAAUGAAAUAUUCUUGAUAAGCAACAUAAAACAGUGCACCUCCUGGCUGCUAGCUGGUUUUAUACUAUUUUUAUCCAAUUUGUCCCAUUGUACUUUUUCUGUAUAUUCAUCUUAGAUCAAUUUUUUAAAUUCUGUUAAUAAUUCAAUUUUCUUCAAGAUGGACAAGUAAGAGCUCUGAUGCAGAAACAUGGUUUCUUAACUGACUCAGCAAGCAUCACCGAUAAUGUUGUCCCCCAUUUCUUGCCAAAUACAGCACAUUGUAAGAUGCUGCAACAACAAAUUGUAAAUGUAGCAGUAAUGCAUCUAUUUUUUAGAGACAAUUAUUUACAAUAUUCUUCUUAGAAGCUAUGUCUUUUAAGUGUACUUUUAAGUGUUAUGUUUAUUCAUUUCAAAUUGCAGACAAGGCCUGUGUCCUACAGUUUAUCUGACCAGCUGUGUUUUAGCUGUGAUGCAGCAGUUCAGUAUUGUAACAAUUCAUUAACCAGGAUUCCCACAGUUGUGCUGAGUGUGAUGCAUUGCAGUAGACUCUGACUAUAAUUGCCAUCAUUUGUUGUAUGACCUGCAAUGGAUCAUUUGGGGACCUCAGAAUAAAUUUCUGUUGGUCUUCAUCUUGCUGUGCACUUUAAUGCAUUGUAUUUGAAACAGUUCAGUUUUAAAUAGGUUGAGAGAUGACCUCACAUAGUUGUAUUUGUUAUUUUCAACACAGUUGCAUACAUAGUAUUAUACUUGAUAUAAGUACAAAGAUAAAUAUGCAGAAUAUUUAAAGUCAUGAUUUAAAAUAGCUCACAUCAGCUCUGAAGAUGAAUAUAAAGAGGAAUUUUCAUCUGUUCAUAGGUGUCUUUAGUGACAGGUCUUCUGUCACAACAAAAAAUAAUCAGUGGAAGUCAAAAGAAAACCAUAGUAAUACCCUCAUGGCUUGAUGGCAACUGUUUUUAAAAUAAGAGAAGGAUUAUGGCCUAAAAACACCAAGAAGAAAUGUGCUGAAAAAAACAUGUUCUUGUGACACACCCUAGCAGGAAGAUAACAAUUUGUUGAUUCUAUCCACUUUUAUAGUUUGUUAUUGCUUGACAAAUUCAUCCCUGAAAAUUUAUAGAACACUAUUAAAGGUUGAAAAUAAAAUUGAUUUAGUGGGGAGUUUUUGUUGUUUUUUUUUCACAUUGAGACGUACUUUGUUCACAAACAUAUAUCAGUUGUUUUGGGGUGCAUCAAAAACUUGAUGGUGGCACCUAAUAUUAGGAAUUUUCUGCACCCAAGACAUCAAGAAAAAAGUAAUAAAAUAGCCAUAAAUAUAUUUCUAAAAACUUGCUUGUAAACAAUAGUUUGAGUGUAAAAUGUUCUUACCUGAAAUCAGUCAUUGGGUUUAUUUUAACAGUGUGAAAAUGUACACUUGGGAGGGGGGAAUGGAAAUCAAAGCACACACUCCAGAUCUAAGCAUAUAACUCAUUGUAACUGAACACAUCACUGUUAACAUCACGAGUUUGAAGCUGAUUACUGCAUUAAAAUUUUAAGAAUUUUUUUAUUGAUAAUUUAAUAUGAAUGUUAUAACAUUUUUACUGUCACCAUAAUCUACUGAAGAGUGCGGUUGUCAUCUUGGCUGAGAACUAAGAAAACAUUUGACUUUAUUUUUUCAACAUUUUUCUUUUAAAUGGAUUUUUCAGAAAAAUAAUUUUCUAAGAAAUUGGUUAGCUUUUAAAUGCAGCAAUUUCUUCCCUAUUAUUGCUCUCAAGUAGAAAUACUUCAUUGAAAUCUCUUUCCACCAUUUGUUUACAGAGAAUUAAUUCCAUGUGUCUGUCCAAAAAAAACAACAAAAAAAAACCAAAAUGAAUGGCAUGUAUUGAGACAUGUUUGUGUGGAUCAGAGGUAAAUUAUUUGUUUCUUUGAACUAAGUUUUAACCUGGUCAAAGUGAGUCACCCAGAAUCAAUUGCUGCCAUGCUAUUGUAGUAUUUAUCAUCAUCUUUUCAUUUGAAAUUAUUUUAACUCCUGUUUUUCUUGAUUAUUUUCAUGUUUAUUUUUAUUGCUAUGAAUUUUACAAUGUUUUCAUUUUUUAGUUUGGAUUACAAUGUUUAUAAACAUUUCUUUCUAAAAGUUUUCUCUUGAAGGCAGAAACAAACCACCAUCCAACCCCUUUUCCUUAGUUUGUUGAACACAAAGAACCAGAGAUAAGACAUAAUCUCUUCCAUGUAUUGCCAAUCUUUGUAAACAGAUUCUACCUAGGAAAGCUUUGCUUUGAAAUUAGAAUUAACUGUCAACAUCUUAUCUUUUACUGCUGUCUCUACACUUAUGUUUACUGGCAUCCACAUAUUCUCUAUGGAUCUAAAUUGAAUGCAGAAUUGUUAAUUAUAAAUAGCUGGGAACCAAGCCACAUGGCACUUAAAACUUAAUCAAUCUUCUCUAAGAAUAAUGCUUAAGUUUUUCAUGACAUGUCAUGCUAAUACUUUGUUGUGUAUUUUAAUCUGUGCUAACACAAUGAAAGAGUGCCGUUUAUUGACACAAUCAUACUAUUAAAAAUUAAUAAGAUUUUAUAAUAGCUUUGUAAUCUGCUAUCACACUGAAACUCCCUGAAUAGUUUUAUGUGAUACACAACUCCUCUGUGGUGGAAACUUCUGUACUAUCAAUGUAUGGGGACUUUUUAAUUUUCAGAAAAUGUGACACAUAUUGAGAUAUGUUCUACAGUGAACUAUUUUGUGCAGCUGUUGCUAUUUUGGAUUGUUAUACAGCUUUUUGGAAAGAACUGCUGUUGUGUCUGUAGUUUGUAAGCAGAUACUAAUAGUUAACAUAUUAACAUCUAUUUAUAAAAUACGGAUGUUUUCAUGGAAUAAUAAGGAAGUCUCAUUGUUCAUUGUUGCGGAGUUAUCUAAAUUUUUAAAAACGUUUGAAGGAAGUGCACCCGAGCAUAAAAUACUUAAAGAUCUAUUGUUUAAAAUGGUUCACUUUGAUAAUUUACUUGUACAUAUGUCAGAUUUCAAUAUUAUUAGGAAACCUGUUCAAGAGUUUGCCAUAUGACACAUUGAGUAUUUGAACUCAGCAGUUAACUCUUGUGCAUUUGACAACAGUGCAAUUAGGUCCUCUUGCUGAUGCUAAAAAGCUGGCAGUGUGGCAGAGGUCCUUUACCGGUUCUGCAGUUAGGUCUAUAGAGGUCACCCCUUUUGACCACAGCUCCUGGUGCUAUGCUUUGUGGAUGAGGCAGUCCUGUAGAAUGUGUUUUGGAAUCUGCUGUGAGGUUUAACUUACACUGGACUGAGCCUGCAGUGCCAUUCUUCUUAAGAUAAGCAUUCAUACCACAGUUAGAAGCAGUAGAUGAAAGGUCUGUGUUUUACAUGUUUGGAUCUCUCAAAAAAACAACAACAAACAACUAGUGGAUUAAUACAGAAGUUAUUUCUGCUGCCAUGUGCAUGUGCACAAACAAACAGCUUGGUGAAAUUUCUCUUUGUAGUUUGAUUUAAACAUGAUCCUAUUGACUUUUUUCCCCAGAAUUAAUCUAUUUAGUUUAAUAUUUACUUUUACUGAUGUUAUGUGAUUUUCUUCUUGCAUUUUAUGUGAGUCUGAAGAGAUAUAGACCAUGCUGAAUAACAAGUGUUGAUUUCAGUUGUUGAACCGCUCUGUUCUCAGAUUUGAAAGGAAAUACAUGAAUAUUUUCAGUUUGAAGCUGUGUGUCGUUCUGAGAUAGAAAAUUAAACUUGCCUUAACUGUUUCUUUAUUAACAAAAGAGUUUAAAAAGUAAUGAAAGGAUGGAAAUAACUCAAUAUCUUGUCUUAACACAGACUGCUACAUAUUUCAUGUUGGUCAUUUGGGAACGAUAAUAAAGUCAUGCCACAGGGUUCUCACCGCUCCCCCAGCUCAUAAAUGUGUGUGCUCACUUGAUCAAAAGUUUUAUCUGUAAACAAUAAGCAAAGCAGUUCGAAAAGAUAGAGAAUGAAAUUUUUGAAAUUCUACAGAGUAUUGGUAUAUAUAAAAUUCCAUCAAGGCAUGAAACAUUUAUGGUGAAAGAAGUUCCAUUAAUAUUAUAAUUACCAAAAGUUCAUCACAAAUAUUUUCAUAAUUUUUUGAAUUUCUUUAGCUUGCCAAAAAUCUAUAAAUAUCUGAUUACCCAGGAAGUGGUGUGAGCUAAUUUCUGUGAAAAACCUUGGAACGUUAAAACAUUCUGCAAAUACUAAUAAUGAUUCUUAGUCUUCAAUGCAUUUGACACUGAAGAAAUGAAUAGAAAGGAAAUGGUUAUAUUAUAAUUGUACCUCUGAAGAUGCUUAAUACUACAAGGACUGUUUCUUUUAUUGUUCAUUUUUCAUUUAGAGUGUGACCAUUACGCUCUGAUUGAAGAGUGAAGAAGAUUUUUAAUAAAACUGCGUGUUGUUAACAUUUCUUGUUUUUGCCAUUACUGUAUACUUGUAAUUUUUUCCUUGAAGAACAGAGGAAGAGUUGAAACAGGGCAAUAUCUUUAAAAAUUAAAAAAAUUCCUCUGGUAUACAGACUAGCUAAGUGGAGCACAUAAAAUAGUAAAAAAAAAAAAAGUAUUAAAUAGCAUUUAUU